UGACUGAGGAGGGCUGGAUCACGAACUCCCUCGGAACGUCAGGGCCCAAAUCGAUCCCUCAAGCCAGUCCCACAUCUCCUCCCCCGCGCCACCGCCGCCGACCGCCGUCCGCCGUCGCCGUGCGCCGGGUGCCCAAGAUGGACGGGGAGGAGGAGAACCCGGGGCCCUUCCGCCGCACGAGCUCGCGAACGCGGCGGAUGGCCUCGCGCAUGGCCUCCGCCCUCUCCAGCUCCGACAACCGCGCGCAGGCUGCUUUGGCUCGUCUUGAUGCGCUUGAGAGUGAUAAUGCUGGGGUUGAGGUGGUGGAUCUCAAUGAUGAUGAGUAUGGAUCUACGGAUGAGGAGGACCAUGUUUUGAUGCAAAAGAAGCAAUCAAAGAACAUGAAACGCAAGACAAGGCAAGGAAAAGCUUUGGAGAAGAGGGCGGUAAGAUCUUUCAUGGAUGUUUUACAAGAGGCAAAUCUGGAGGCCUUGCCACCUCAUGUCCCAACAUAUCUGAGGGCUGCUGUGGGUCCACCGAGCACUUCAUCCCGUCGCCAUUACUGCUCUGUUUGUGGGAAUUCUUCAAAUUACACAUGCCCCAGGUGUGGAACACGGUUCUGUUCUUGCCGCUGCCAAGUCAUACACAAUGACACUCGCUGCCUGAAAUUUGUGGCUUGACCCAUCUACAAGUCUGUGGAGCCUGGAGUUAUGUUCAAUGCAGUCGUGCCCUGUGGGCAUGUGGCACCUAAUGAUCUGUUCUUUUAUCAGAAAGAAAUGCUUAUUGUACAGCUAGCCAAGUAGUAGCCAGGUAGAUCUUUUUGCAGACCGACACCAUUUCUCCUUUAGAAAUGUUGUGUGGCUGCUGGUUGUGUACUUCAAUGCAGUGCAGUGGUAAAUGAUAGUUGUGUACUUUAUUUGGCACUAAGAUUGAUUUCAGUGUACGACUGGAUCUCAUGAUGCAGGAAAUUCUAACUGCAAGUAAGUGUUCCUCUAGUGUUCAACAGUA